UCUGAAGUCUUUCAAUUUUGUCCUCUUAAAAAUAUCAACAAAGGACAGAACCAUUCAAAAAAUGUUAUUAUUUAUUCAUAAUAUUCUAAUUUCUUGAUGUAACCUUUUCUUUUUUGGUUAGGAUGAAAAUAUUUGCCAAAUUCUCUCUCAAGCUAGUGCUUUUACCAAACAACAUGGCUUCCUUUAAUAUCCCUUCAACCUCAUCAGCCCUGGUUUUUUUCAUCAUCAUCAUCCUUUUAUUAGUUCAAGUUCCAACCUUAUUAAGUUCAAGCAAUGACAACUAUAUGGUCUGCAGCAAACAAUUCCAUUGUGGGAACAUAAAAAAUGUUAGCUACCCUUUUUGGGGAGGUGACAGGCCUGAGAACUGUGGGCAACCAGGGUUAAAGUUAACUUGCCUGGAAGAUGAAGAAACCCAGAUCACAAUCAUGUCAGUAAGUUACAAAGUCAUCGAAAUCAACAUGGAUAUACAAGCUUUCACUGUAGCCAGAACUGAUUAUCUUCAAAACCUUUGUCCCCAAACCCUGCUCAAUACCACCUUGAACUUCAACCUUUUGAGUUAUGCUUGGAACCUUGAGAACAUAACAUUGUAUUACCAUUGCCCUUUGAUUUCCAACAUAUCUUCAGGGUUUCCAAGUCUGUUUAACUGCAGCACCAGCAAUGGAACAGAUAUGGUGAACUACUAUGUUAUAGCAUCUGUUUUGGGCAACCUUUCAACUGAAGUGAAAGAUGGGUUGAGAGCUUGUGAUAGCCAUGUGAUUGUUCCAGCUUUUUAUACUGCAGUUGAGACAAUCAAGAGCAACCCAACUCCAGAUACUUUGGUUUUGCCACUUGGUAAUGGAUUUGGAUUGAAAUGGGACGCAAAUAUAGCUUCCAAAUGUGAAGACUGCAAUGGUUCUGGUGGUAGGUGUGGGUAUAAUAAGAGUUCGAAUCAAUUCACUUGUUAUUGCCCAAAUCAUACUGAUGCAUCAACUUGUCUUCUAUCAGGGUCAUCUGAAGGUACUGGUUUGAAGAUUAAACUAAUCAUAGGGUUUGCAGUGGUUGGGGUUACUGUUAUGGUAGUUUGCCUUGUGGUGUUUGCCUUGAAGCUUAAGAAAGGAUCGUUGUCAAGUGGGAAGCUGAUGAAUUUACGGCGGAAUAUAGGUAAGAACACUGAAAAGGUUGAAGCAUUCAUCAUGAGAUACGGUUCAGAGCUUGCUCCAAAGCGAUAUUCUUAUUCAGACAUCAAGAAAAUCACCAAGUCGUUCAAAGACAAGCUCGGCGAAGGCGGAUUUGGCACUGUCUACAAAGGCAAGUUGCCCAACGGUCGUCUUGUUGCAGUUAAAGUCCUGAGUGAAUCAAGGGAGGAUGGAGAGGAAUUCAUUAACGAAGUGGCGAGUAUUAGUCGAACUUCUCAUGUCAACGUGGUGACGUUUCUUGGAUUUUGUUAUGAGAAUUCGAUGAGGGCUUUGUUCUAUGAAUUCAUGCCGAAUGGAUCAUUAGAUAAGUUUAUCUACCAGCACGGAUCGCCGGAUAAAAUUUGUAUGCUAAACCGGAAAACAUUGUUUGAAAUUGCCGUUGGCAUUGCUAGAGGACUAGAAUAUCUACAUCGAGGAUGCAACACCAGGAUUUUGCAUUUGGACAUAAAACCACAUAACAUUCUUUUAGACGAAAAUUUCGUUCCGAAGAUUUCGGAUUUCGGUCUUGCUAAGUUAUGCGAGCGGAAGGAAAGCAUUCUUUCAUCGAUAACUGCUCGAGGAACAAUAGGAUACAUUGCUCCAGAACUAUUUUGUCGAAACUUUGGAGGCAUUUCUUACAAAUCCGAUGUUUAUAGCUACGGGAUGAUGGUCCUUGAAAUGGUUGGAGCAAAAGAAAACGUUCAUGUCGGAGGGUCUCUAACAAGUGAAAUGAACUUUCACUCGUGGAUUUACAAACAUCUCCCACAAGAAGCAUUCAAUCUUGAAGGAAUCACAGCAGAAGAUGAAGAAAUAACUAAGAAGAUGAUUAUAAUAAGCUUAUGGUGCAUUCAAACUAAUCCAUCAGAUCGACCGUCGAUGACGAAAGUGCUAGAUAUGCUACAAGGCAAUCUUCAAUCAUUAGCAAUUCCACCAAGACCUUUUCUGUUUUCUCCUCAACAAUCACCCCCAAACACCUCAUCUACAAUAUCAUUAUUUGCAUCAUCCAUUACCAUGAACACCGAAUAACUAGACCGCGAUAAAUUUUUUUUAUUAAAAAAUUAACUUCUUUUACCUUGUAGAAAAGUUUUAAUUUAUAUAUAUUUCAUUAGAGUUGUUCGGAUCAAA